AAUAUCCAAGCGACGCAAAACAAUCCAGUGCAGUGCGUGUGUUGUUAUCCAUGGGCUGGCGCGAUUGUUGCGUUAAAAAAUAUUUAUUUUACUUGUACUGUUCAGUCUUUAAGUGUUUCCAGUGAGUCGUGCUUUCCGUGUCCGAUAUGCAUUUAAAUAUCCGAGGGACGAAGCAUCCCAUUCGCCCGGGAAUCACCGUGAUUGGUUCGGAUAAAAAUGAACGCUACAACACAAUUCUGCUGCAAGAUGGGAGUAUUUGCCCCAAGCAUGCCAGCCUUCGCUUCGAUGUAGCUUCAAACAAAGUGGAAAUUCUGGACCUUUGCUCGGAACGCGGGGUAACUGUUGAUCAGAAACCCAUUGCACCACUAAGUUGGAUCGAAAUCACCUCACAAAAUAAAUUGCAACUUGGCAGCGUGCUUGUUGGCGUUGAAAGCGAGGAAAGCAAAAACGAUGACGCUUCAUUUCUACAUGGUGAAGAUGAAGAGGACAUCAUUGAUUGCAGCCUCGAGGAAACACAACCGCUUCAAGGCAGUCGAAAAAUUUCCCCCACUGCUGUUAUCUUAGGCACUUCCGGCAAACCAUCAUCAUCAACGGUGAUUGAAACGAAGGCUACUGUGCACAGACCCGCAUCAUCCUUAUCGAUCGAUGAUGGGCGCCGGAGUAGUUUUCUGGUACCGGAGACCCAACAGCUAGAAGAAAGCAGAUUAUGCGAAGUGCCGGAUAAAACGGCCGUUCCCGCUGUUGGUGGUGGUGGUCCAAACGAACUGGACGAUGACGAUGAUUCGUUUUUCAUUCCGGAAACGCAACAACCGGAAGAUGAGCUGGACCGCAUGUCCGAGAUCAUUGAACCGAUCCUUCCGGCCGCAACGGAAGCGCCCGUUGAGCGGACUGCGGCCGAGGAGGAAUAUUUCCAAAUGACGGCCAAUGACGAUGACAACAGCAAUGACGUGAUGUUCAACAAUAAGUACGUUCAGGAGUCCCAGAACUUGAUGCAAAACAUCGAUGAAUCGUACAAGCACGAUGUUGUUGAGCCGAGAACGUCCAUACUGCCGGAGCGUUCUGUUGAUUCAAUAUCGUUCCAGGAGCACCGCAACACAACGAUGGACAUGAGUGCUAUGGUGUGGAAUGAGAGCAGAAAGGAAUCGGAAAAGGCAGCUAAAUCCGGCGGUGACAAGGCGGUGACUAUGCCCAUUGCCAGUAGCGUACCUGACAAAGUUGAUGACAGAUCCGUUACGCCGGAUCUAAAUUUCGAUGACGAUCCCCUGAAAACGGUGGAAACUCGGUCCUCCGUCACGCCGGACAUACAGUUCAAGGAUGGUCCCGAAGCCACCCGUUCAGCGGAAACGCCGAAGUUGGGCUUUGACGAACCAGAAAAUGAAGAAAUUUCGCUCAACCAAGAGGGUUGCUUCAAACAGCCGAACGAUGUAUCGACCGAAUCGGCGAAGGAGGCGAAUGUUUCGCACGUGGAAAACAUUUAUGAAAUGGAAACCCAACCGUUCAGGGUUGAGGACGCUUAUGACCUGUUGACACAGCCUCUACACCUACUGCCUGCAGCCAAGUCUGGUUCUGCUGGAUCACACAAUAGAACAUCAAACCAAAAGGAGCAGAAACGGGAACUGGAGCCGUACGAUCUGCAGACGCAACCGCUGAUAAUAGAAAGGAAACCAUCGUUUGUGAAGUCAAUGAGUUUAACUGCUCGCAGCAAAAGCAAGCAAUCGCCCGAGAUUGACUACGCCAGCAUGCCAACACAGCCUGAAACACCGCCGGAGUUCGCCUCUAACUCGAACCGUUCAUCGUAUGGCACUCGCCGCUCCGCAGAAAAGGCUGCUAAAUCGUUGAACUUUGGCGGCAAUGCAAAGCCAUCCUUAGCAGGCAGGUCGAAGAAUGCAGCAGCUAAAAGUCCCACCCCCGACAUUGACUAUGCAGACCUGCCAACACAGCCAGAAACGCCGCCAGAACCAGCGCUUCGCUCUGGUAUAAUUGAUCGCAUGCCAUCGUCAACGUCGGCCAUACAAAUAGAUGACGAUGAUCUGCUAACACAGCCACUAAGUCCACCGAAAGCAAUGCUAGACACUCCCGCUGUGGAUAGAGAUUGUGUCCGAAAGGUUAACACCUCAGCAUCACGCAAUCCGUACAAUUUGGACACGGAACCUUUGAGCCUCUCGCCUUAUGGGGGAAAAGAAAAGUGGGAGAAGAAAAAAAAGUUAUUUGUGAAGCUAGAGGACAUUAAAAAAUCUCGCCGAAUCUCGAAAUCGUGUGAAAAUCCAUAUUUCAUGAGUACCCAACCUAUGCCGAAAGCAGCGGCCGAAAAUGCGUACGAUCUUGACACGCAACUGCUCCCAGAGAACGUCACACUGCCGGAGGGCGAAGUCUCGCAAUUUAAUCCACAAAUCAACAGUACCACAGUGCAGCAGCAGCGGGGAAAGCUGAGCAUACAGCAGCAGCAGCAGGCUAUGGAAGUAUCGCCGUCAACGUCAAACAAGGAAAAUCGCACCGCCGAUGCAGAUCGCACUACUGAUGACUCUUCUGGAACGGAUGACGAGUUUGGACUGUCCGAUACCAUCCCGAUCGGUGCACUUUUCAACCGCAAACCAGUAAACGUUGCAACAGCCGCAAGGGAGCUACCGGUGAAGAGUAAGUUUAAGGUACCGCUGUCCAGAACGGAAACGGCAGCGACGCCCAAAGCAAAGCUGCACCGCAAGCGUCACUCUGUGGAGAUGUCCGAAUUUCUCACACCGGAACAUCCAGGGGUGUACCUACCGAAGGUGGAAUGCAUUCGCUCCGUGUCGGAUAGAAUAGCGACGUCAUCGUCACUCGCCAGCAAGAGCAAACCAACGUACCACUUUAACGACAGCAGCAGCAGCAGCAGCGAGGACGAGAGUGUGCGAAAUGUGUUCAAGAAAACGAACGUCAGCGUGGUGUUGGAGAAAGAGCUGGAAAAGGUGCGGGUAGAUGGGGUGUUGAAAAAGCAGGAGAAGCGCACCGCUCGACAGUUACAAAUCCGAUCGGACGAUGAUCAAUCGGAAACAGGCGAAUCAAAGGCAGGGGGCGAUCGCUCGGAUAAAAAACCAGCUUUGCGUGAUGCAGAACCGCUGGAAAGAAAAUCGAGCCGACGUAGGGAAAUGGAAAAGGCAAAGUCUUCUGAGGUGGAAAAGAAAUCCAGCCGAACGGCCGGCAAAAGAGAGGAAGAAAAAGAGGCGAAGGCAAAGGGAAAAGAUGCUGAAUCGGCGGAAAGAAAAUCGUCAAGCCGGCGUAGCGAGAUGGAACAAGACAAAGGUGUUGAAGGGGAAACCAAAUACAAAAGAACAACCGACAGAAAAGAGGAAAAACAGGACCGCCACAAAAAAUCGGAGAAACUGUCGACUAUUUUGGAGAACGAUCGCCGGGAACGAAGACCGGAGAAAGAGAAGGAACUGAAGGAAAAACCAUCUAGCCGACGUAGGGAAGAGGAAAAAGAAAAGGAUUCUGAUAUUGCCAAGAAAGCCAAACGAACUACUACUACCGACAAAAAGGAGCACAAAGAUGACAACAAAAAGUCCCGCCAAUCGGAAAAAUUGGGAGAAAGAUCGGACACUCGAGCGUCUGCCGAACGUGCCAAACCGUCCGAUGAUGAUCGUGUGCGUGUUUCGAAGCGCAUUCGCCAUAAAGCGUACAAAAUGAAGCUGCUGGAAGAAUCGGUAGAUUAUCAGUUGGAAGCGGAGGAUGCGGCUGCUGCCACUGAUGCACGCUCUACCCGAACCACGCGCAAGCGCAAGGACCAAACAUCUACCGAUCGGGAAGAACCGAUCGCUAGAAUAAGUGAAUCGAAGCGACCGAAAUCUGGCCAUCGUCAGCGUUCCUCGUCCACCUCCUCCACGGUUGCACCGGAGGCGGGCAGAAGGGACCGUCUGCAAAGUACGGCGAGCGACACCAGGAAGAAGGUAGUGGAAAUCGCUGCUGAUUUGGUUGUGGGACACGGUGUUACGUCGGGUGGGUCAAGUGGUGGUGAUGGCCUGUUGGGGAAUGUCAGUGUCACUAGCAGUACGGCGAGUGAUGAUUCAGCAGUGGCGGGACGAUCCAUCCGACCGCGACUAAUAUUCACGAGAAUGAGCCCCGAGCCCUAUCGAAAGUGUAUAGCCCGUGCGGGGGGUAAAAUAGUGGACAUACCGGAGCUGGCAACCAUCCUGGUGACUGAUCGAAUCAUUCGCACGUACAAGUUCCUGUGCGCGGUGGCCAAAGGCAUCCCCAUCGUUGGUCAGUCGUACCUGGAUGCGUUGCAGCGUUCCGAGGCGAACGAGCAGAUCAAUCCAUGGGAUCACAUACUUUCCGAUCCGGAUACGGAAAAGCGCUACAAAUUUCGUCUACGCGAUACGCUGCUGAAGGCACGGAAGCAUAAGCUGUUUGAAGAUUAUACCGUGUUUGUUACAGCCAGCACAAAACCACCACCCUCGGAACUGUUUCUAAUACUUACGUGCGCCGGGGCAAAAGCAUCGAAACAUUGCAACCAACCAUCAGUUGCUGGAGGUAAGGCGUUCGUCAUCUCCGAUCCUGCCGACGCUGCGUCCUGGGCACGGUACAGGGAACGGUUGCCCGGCAUCGAAAUAGUGUCAGCGGAAGGUUUCAUGCUCUCGAUAAUGCAGCAUUCGAAAAAUUUCCAAAAACACCAUCUAAUGUAGGGAGUCGAAAAGCUACUGCCAUUUUACAGAGCGAUGAAAUGUAUGCAUAAGAUUGAACUAUCGCUGUUUUCGUAAAUAUGUGAAUGUGAAUACUUAGGUUUGGUUGUUUGUUUUUUGUCCAUAAUUUUUAGCUUAAUUUUUAGUAUCCAAGUUUUGUCUGUUUCAUCGUAGCAUUGCAAUAAUUGAACCCAGCCUCAGUGAGGCCCACGGCAACAACAUGUUAGUAGAUGGUGUUGCGAGUAAUAUUAUUUAAAACUGGAAACAGCUUCCAAUUAUGUAUUAUCUUGCGUUAUAUAUUGCUAAACUGAGCCAGUGAAAUCAAUGUCUUUAUGAAACGAA